AUGGUGGCAGAAGAUUUCAGCUCAACACCUUGCCCGCCGUCAAAGGAAUCACAUCAUGAAACAGGCGAUGCACAUGGAGUCUCGCCCGCUUGGCAGCCGGUGUCACCUUCUUUUAAAACACCAUCUCUUGAUGCACUGGAAGAUUCACCCGAAGCAAAACAAAAAUACUUCAUAAAAUGCGUGCCCCUAUACAAGGCUGCGGUAAAAGGUCACUGGGAAGCAGCUAAUAGAAUCAUGAAUGAAGAUGAAACUCUUUUACGUGCAUCUAUCACGAAAGGAUGGCAGACUGUUCUUCAUGUUGCCGCAGGAGCAAAACAUGUUCACUUUGUGAAGGAGUUGCUGAAACUGUUGGACAAACGCGACCUAGAAUUGCAAGAUCAAAAGGGCAAUACAGCCUUAUAUCAUGCUGUUGCAGCUGGAACCGUACCAGUGGCUAAGAUUUUGAUGCAAAAGAAUCCAAGGCUGCUAGAAAUUUGGGGAGGUCAAGGAUUGUCACCGCUCUAUUAUGCUGCUUUGUUUGGACAUGGCAAGAUGGCUUUGUAUCUCUACCCUAAACUCAUAAAACUUGUUAAUGAGGGGGAAAGAGGUGGGAUAUUUUUCAGCUGCAUUAACAACGGUUUAUAUGAACUAGCAUUGAAAAUGCUUAAAGACUAUCCGGAGCUUGCAGUGGUUCGCAACGCGAAUGGUGAGACAGCAUUGCAUUUGUUGGCUCAGAAGCCUUCAGCAUUCGCCAUCAAAACUUCAAGAAUAUUGAAAAACUUCCUUCAUUCUUGUAAUUCUCUCACUCAUUGCACCUCUUUACUACUCUUAGCAUGGCUUUAA